AUGGCCGCGGGGAUCUCCCCGCACCCGGACUCCGUGCCAUCGGACCUUCUAUUUCUCUACUCGUCGCCUCCGUCCUUGUCUGCUUCGUCAGAUCCAAUCUCCGUUCCGUCUUCGAGUUCUCUUUCCGCCGGUAUUGCUCAGCCUCUUGCCUCUCUGGAGUGUCCUAUCUCCGUCUCUUCGCCUGGGGAUCGAUAUCCGUUGGUAGUUUCCCCCGCAACCUCUGCUCUCGAAAAACCCGCUUCUUGUGCUGCUAAGUUCAAGCCCCAUUUUAAAAAUCUGUCGAAGGUUGGUUCCCCAAUUAUGUCGUCAGAUGGAAUUCUUCAGAUCCAUGCUCAUGAUUCUAUAGUUCUGAAACCAGCAACAACUUGGAAGAAUCACAUCGUUGCCUACUUCCAUGGAAAUCCCCCAUCUCCAGCAAAGAUCUUCUCAGACCUCUAUCCGAUAUGGGUCCAUGCUCCUGUCUGGGUUCUUUUUCGUCGGGUCCCUCGUGAACUCUGGUCGGAGGUGGGAUUCAGUACCAUUGCCUCGGCGGUAGGGAUUCCCGUGCAUACGGAUUUUCCGAAUAUCAAACCUUACUCCAACGGUGUUGUCAAGCUCCGAGUAGUCAUCGAACUAGCCAAGAAAAGAGCUAAUUCGGUCCGGAUUACGGACAAGCUAGGGAACUCUGUUUUGGUUCUCACGGAAAUCCAAAAACUCCCACCGAAAUGUGGUAAUUGCAAAGAGUUUGGUCACUUAGUUCUGCGCUGCCCUUUACUAACUGUUCCCGUACCAAUUGUUCGUUCAAAUGCUAAAUCAGUAGUUGAUGAGAUUGCGAAAUCACCUCUGGCAGUUUCUCCACCCCGGAAUCUCUCAGUAAACCUUCUCCGCCCUUGUCUAGCUCUAUUUCCCCUCUUCAUCAGGAAGGCCUUGGGGGGAAAUGUAGAGGAUGGUUUCACUGUCGUUCAUAGGAGAUCCACUCCCCCUCCUUGUUCCUUAUCAGCUUUGGAAAAUGCCAAACAGUCUUCUCCAGUGACUUCGGCUCAAUUCAGGGAAGAAGAGGAUAUUAUCAAAAGUGCUCAGUUGGUUAUCAGGAACCGGUUCAAUGCUUGGGACGCCACCGAUACAGAAUCUUGCCCGGCUUCCUUAUCUCUUAAACAAAAAAAGGAAGGUUACUCGUCAGCAAGUCUUGGAGUCGACUACUCAGUUGGUACCGAAGUCUUAUCUUCAGGCAGUGGAACAAGGAGUUUCGAGUUCCGGUGUUUUGGUUACUGGUUUUGUGGAGCAUCAGCCUGCAGCAGAUGCUCUGGCCCCUCUAUCCUAGGUACUUAG